AUGUUCAAGUACGAUUCGAUAACUUUAAUGAUCGUGGCUCUUUAUUGUGUGGCACAAAUAUCGGUAGUUUUCGGCAAUGCUAAUGCUUUCACUAGAAAAUGGACUGAAUUAAACGUCAAGUCUCCAGAAACAUUCAAAGUCGCCCAAGAAGGUCUUGAAGUUUUCAAAAAUUCCAACAACGGCACCUACGAGUUUGCUGUUGCGGGCAUCAUGUACGCAGCUUACCGUUGGGAAUCAAUAACGGAGGUUCAUUACGCGGUUCUGGCGAUAUUUGAUAAAAUCAAUUGUCUACCCAAUUCAGAUGUUAACAAGCGGUGUGUUCCUGGAGGCAGAAAUUUGAAAUAUUGUUGGAUUAACAAAAAUCAGCGCCUGAAUGAUGCCGGUCAUGUGACUAUUCAUUGUUAUUAA